UGGCAAUACGGAAUCUAUUUUUUUCAUUUCUGUAAAUAUACAGAAUUGUUGUGUGGUUUAUUUAAUUGAAAAAUCGGAAAAAAUGGAGUUAGAUUGGCAAAAUGGUUUUCAACAAAUAAAAGAGCGAGGACUUUACUUACUGCAGUCAGAAAAGUGGUCUGAUUGUAAAUUUCUUGUUGGGGCUGCCCCAAAUCAACGCAUUCUUUGUGGACACAAACUAAUUUUAGCAAUGUCCUCACCUGUUUUUGAAAGGAUGUUUUAUGGUAACCUUCCAGAUGAGAGUGAUCCUAUUUUAAUACCUGAUGUUCAACCCGAUGCCUUUCAAGCUAUGUUAGAGUAUAUAUAUUCAGAUCGCAUCAGCAUAAGCUCCUUUGAUAAGGCGUGUGAAUUGUGUUAUGUUGCAAAGAAGUAUAUGCUGCCAUAUGUAGUAGAGCAAUGCACCCAUUUUCUCUGGGCAGAUUUAAGUCCCAAAAAUGCUUGCCGUGCAUAUGAAUUUGCUAAAUUAUUUGAUGAACCACGUUUAAUGCAGAGUAGUAUGAGUAUUAUAGCAGCAAAUACACGUGAUGUGCUAGCUGAUCCCAGUUUUGUUGAUAUAGAAAUCUCAACAUUAAUGGCUAUUCUUGAUCAAGACCGAUUGAAUAUUACGUCUGAGUUGGAACUGUUUAAUGCUUUAGUGAAAUAUGCUUCUGAGCGCGCACUUUUUGUUGAAAACGAAGUUAUGCCGAUGACGCCAUCCUCAUCGUUAGAUAAGGGAUCAUUGCAACAAUCUUUUGAUAUAGACAAUAACACAUCCGAAGUUGUAGAGAUUAAAAUGGAGCCAGACGACUCCAGCCUUGUUCAUAGUCGACAAGAAAACUCCUCUGAUACGUCUCAUUUAGUGGAAGACGUGGUUGUCGUAGAAAACGAUACUUCCACUACGUAUGAAGAAAAAAAUGGGCAUAAUAAUGCGUCAUCGACAGAAAUAAGCAUGAUUGCGUCAUUUUCUUGUCAAAAUAAUGAAAUUGAUGAAGCUCUUAUACGCCAAGCUGUUCAGAAGAUACGUUUUCUUACACUCACACCUCAGCAAUUUGCUGAAGGUCCUGCGCGGUCUAAGCUUCUCAAACAGAAUGAAGCUCUAGCAAUUCUUAUUAAAAUUUCAAGUCCAACUAUUAAUGACUGUCCCAUGCCCGAAGGUUUCUGCAGCUCGAGAACAAGUCGGGAAUAUUAUGAAUCGCGAAGCCAACGAGAUUUACCAUCAUACCAUCGGCCCACCCCAUCAAAUGGUCCGGCAGUAUUUGCUCCAUUUGAAACUUUCACGGGGAAUACAGCUUCUGUUGUAACAACUACUCCGCAGGCAUCUUCAAAUAACGUAAGUACUUUCCAAGGUGGUAGUGACUCUGAUUUAACUACAAACGACACUCGACGUUCAUACUGUGUUCGUACGCUAAAUCAGCAAUUUGACUAUAGAAAUACCAGUGUUACCGAUUGCGGACUAACAUUUCAAGUGGAUAGUAAUAUAUGGAUAACAGAUUAUAUACAUAUAUACAGGGGUGCAAGUACCGACUCAGGUUCUGUGUGGAGAGCUUAUGAAUUCGGCCGGUUUUUCCGAGAGAUAUACAGAAAUUCUCUACGCACAUAUUCAAGACAUCCAAGGAUCGAGACUUACGUACACACAUUGUACGUCGCGUGUUAGAUAUGAUUCUUUGCUAGAAAUAACGUUUGACCGCCCUGUUUAUGUUUAUCGAAAUUUAAUAUAUAAGGUGUAUGUAGUUUUCAACAAAGUUGGUUGGUAUCCAAUGUACACUUGCGUACCAGAUGUUGUCUGUAACAGGGUAAAAUUUAUGUUCAAUGUAGGCAAUCCAAGUGAAUCAGUUAGAGACGGACUAAUUCGAGCUAUAGUUUUUUCUACACCUCAAGAACAGUCCAGAUGUGUUAUGGAAUAAGUUUUUUCGUUUUACAUAUUAUAUAUUAAUUUAUAUUAUUUCUUUUUUAUUACAGCUGUUGCAUACAUAUUUACAUAUAAGUAUACAUACAAUAAUACACCUUUUUAAUUACCUUAAAUUAAAGUAAGGAAUGUAUAACAAACAAUCAAAAUAUAUAUAUAUAUAUGUAUAUGCAUGUCUUCUUCUAUAAAAAUAAAAAAUAGAUUGCACGUUUAGUUCAA